AUGUAUGUGAAAUGCUUUGAUACAGUAAUGUUUUACUAUGUGAUUUUAGUGAAUGUCACUUUUUGUCAUUUUCAAAUUUCCCACCAUUCCGUCCCCCUGUACAUCCCGACGCUCGCAGGGGACGGAACCCAGAUGACAGAUGCUGGCAUCCGCCGGAUUACAUUGCCGGGACACUGCAGGAGGGACAUCGCGGGAGCACAGGACAAGGUAAGUGAUCUAGGGAUUGCGCCGCAUGGUAAGCCCGAGUGUAGCUCGGGGUUACCGCUUGUGCUACACUCGGGAAUACCUCCAGGG